AGGCUGUUGACGGUCAAUUGAAAGCAGCUAUAUCGUCUUCACUCAAUUACACGCCGUUACUUACGGUUCCGGUCCAACCAUGGCAAUGGGAGUAUUAAAAUCUCGUGAAGACCGCCCGUUGAAAAUAUUGAUAGUAGGGGCAGGAAUAGGUGGCCUUUCUGUGGCACUCGCACUACGGCGACAAGGGCACCAAACAAUGUUGUUUGAGCGCUCUAAAUCUCCUCGGAGAUGGAGCUGCAAUCAUAUUGCUCCCAAUUGUAACCGGCUGUUGACCCGGUUGGGAUUGUCAAUCGCCGAUGUGGUGGAACCCCACUACAAGGGAUGAACGUGUAUACGUCGGCCGGAGACCUUGCCUAUACGAGAGAUUUGACAGAAGUCAUCAAGACUUCAGGAACUGAAUGGAACCUUGUCCACCGUGCGAAACUUCACUCGGAAUUGAAACGUCUAGCUACUUCCGCUGAGGGGCUAGGAAGUCCGGCCAAGCUGUUCCUGGAUUGUAAACUGGUCGACCUCGACGUCAAUGAACCGUCUCUGAAGUUAGCCACGGGAGAGACUAUCCGCGGAGAUAUGAUAAUCGGGGCUGACGGGGUCCAUUCAUGGUCAAGAUCAUUUAUCGCGCCUGGUUAUGCACCAUUUCCCUACGGGAAGGCUUGUUUCCGUUGGUUGGGCCAAUAUGAGGAACUUGCUAGUGACCCGGAGACAAAAAGAUAUGCUAGACCUGGCUUUCUGAGUGAAUGGACAGGAUCAGAUCGCCGGGUUAUUUACUAUCCAUGCUCCAACCACACGAUUGCAAAUUAUGCUGGUUUUGUUCCAGCUGAUGAAGUUGGUACAACGGAACAAACAUGGGAUAACGCUGCCAGUAAGGAUCUUUUGCUGAAAUGUUUUGAAAGCUUCGGGUCCUCAGUCUGCCGCGUCCUGAGCAAGGCGUCAGAAGAUAAUCUCCAGAUCUGGACCCUCAUGGACAUGGACUCCCUCCCAACCUGGACCCGGGGCUUUGUUACACUGAUUGGUGAUGCUGCACAUCCUUUCUUGCCUUUUAUGGCUCAAGGGGGUGCAAUGGCCAUUGAGGACGGUGCAUCUCUUGCCGCACUUUUUCCUCUUGGAACUGCCAAGUCAGACGUGUUCGAUAGAUUGAGAUUAUACGAGCAAUGUCGUAAAGAUCGCGUUGAACGUAUUCAGGAGUUCACCAGGAAAAACGGGAGGGACCCUGGCAGUAGUAGAGGGUCACGCCCGUCGCCCCAGGAGUCAAUUGAUUUGAUGACAUUUUGCGUCCAUCACGAUGAAUGGGAACAUUCGUCGAGCAUCCUUCGCCAGCAUCUAGCGGCAACUCAUGGUACUUGACGUGAGACAGCAUAAGCUCAUCGGUUUACCUGUUUCAAUUUUACAACAAUUCAGAGAUACAUAGCAUUACACAACCACACGGUAAAGUAAAUUUCUGCAAUUUUCUGUUCCUUGAUGCUCUGCGUUGUAUAUAUCGCCAUCUCUGACAUCCAAGGACUGUGUUAAACUUUAGAUAUUAUUAUUAUUAUUAUUAAAUCAAGUUUAACGUCCAUAUCCAGCCCGGAGGGCUAUGACAG